AUGAAGGCUUAUAUCAACCGCACUGCCACUUUCGCAUGGUCACCCGCUACCUACGAGUCCGACUCUCCCCUCAUUGCAACAGGUACCGUUGCCGGUGCUCUCGACGAGUCCUUCAGCAAUGAAAGCGUUCUCGAGCUUUGGCAGCCUUCCUACACCGCCUCGGCCUCGGCCUCGGCCGAUGCAAAGCCACUAGGCAGCAUCUCCACCAGCGCUCGCUUCAACCGCCUCGCUUGGGGCUACGCCAAUUCUUCGCGUUCCAACGGUCUCCUCGCAGCUGGUCUCGAGAAUGGUGAACUUGGCAUCUGGGAUGCCCAAAAGAUCCUCGCAGGCGCAUCCGAGUCGGAAGCACAAGUCAUCAAAAACACAACACAUACCGGUCCCGUUCGUGGUCUCGAUUUCAACCCUCUCCAGCCCAACUUGCUCUCCAGCGGUGCCAUCGCCGGCGAAAUCUUCAUUUGGGAUGUCAACUCGCCUGCCAAGCCCUACUCUCCCGGCGCGCGCUCUCAAAAGCUCGAUGAAAUCACCUCCUUGGCCUGGAACUGUCAGGUGCCUCAUGUCCUCGCCACUUCGUCCAGCAGUGGGUACACGGUCGUUUGGGAUCUCAGGGGCAAGCGCGAAGUCGUCGCUCUUCAGUAUGGUGGUGGUGCCGGCACUGCAGGUGGCUCGCUUGGCUUCAAUGCCGGUGGAGCCCUGGCUGCCGGCGGUCGACGUGGCAUGAGCGCUGUUGCUUGGCAUCCCGACACCCCGACCCGACUCGUCACCGCCAGUGAAGACGACUCGAGCCCCGUCAUCAUGCUCUGGGAUCUUCGAAACUCGCGUGCUCCCGAAAAAAUCAUGACUGGCCACGACAAGGGCGUCCUUUCGCUCUCCUGGUGCAAGCAGGACGCCGAUCUCCUUCUCUCUUGCGGCAAGGACAAUCGCUCCAUCUGCUGGAACCCCCAGACCUGCGAAGUCGUCGGCGAGCUCCCCUCCAGCUCCAAUUGGUCUUUCGAAGUUCAGUGGUCCCCUCGCAACCCCGGUCUGCUCGCCACCGCCAGCUUCGACGGCAAGAUUGGCGUCCACUCGCUUCAGAGCACCAACGCUCCCGAGACGGACGCCUCAGCCCCACAGCAGCCUACCGAUGACUCGGACUUUUUCAGCCAGACCUCUGCUACCGAAACCACCUCCAAAGGACUGUCGCUCAAGCAACCUCCCAAGUGGCUCCGUCGUCCCGUCUCUGCCGUCUUUGGCUUUGGUGGCCAGCUCGUUUCUAGCGGUGGCCCUUCCUCAAAACCCUUCACUCCCACCGUCCACCUCCGCGACGUUGUCUCCGAGCCUUCCAUCGUCGACAGGGCCACCAAAUUGCAGCAGGCUCUCGAUGGUCAGAGCCUCGCCGAGUUCUGCGCAGAACGCAGCCAGGAUCCCUCCACCCGCCCCGACGACAUCGCAAACUGGAAAGCGCUGCAGACUCUCUUCCGUGCCGACUCCCGCGACGAGCUCGUCGCGCUGCUCGGCUUCUCCAAAGAGGAUGUCGCCCAAAAAGUGUCCAAGUCUAUCGCAGCUUUCAAGUCCAACGGCACCGCCACUGCAGAAUCAGAGGCCGCUUCCGAGCCCGAGCCGGUCCAGCCCGCCACCUCCGAAGAGGCUGCUGCGACGCAAGAAGCUGCUCCCGUCGAGGCGGCUGCCGAACCUGAAGCAAAGCAAGCCGACGAGCCUGGUCUUUUCGGCGACGAUUCUGCAGACUCAGCCAACAAGGACGCCUCAGACUUUUUCAGCCAGAUUUCGUCUGAUCCUAUUCCAGCCACCCGAUCCGCCCUACCCAGCCACCUGCUCUCGGAAUCUCAGCCUGUCCACUCGUCUGCUGCUGCCACUGCUGGCUCGCCAGGUCCGUCGUCCGUCGCCAGCGAAAGCCUCCGUUCCUCUACAUUCAAAAUCUACCCCUCCGAGGAGUCCGAGGCCGACAAGCUCAUCACCCGUGCCCUCGUGCUCGGCGACUUUGAGAGCGCCGUCUCGCUCUGCAUCAACAGCGAUCGCUUUGCCGAUGCCUUCCUCCUCGCAGUGCGUGGUGGCCAAGACCUCUUGGACAAGACGCAAAAAGCCUACUUCGAAAAGCGCACCGCUCAGCUGCCUUACCUGCGUCUCUUCCAGAGCAUUGUCUCGGACGAUCUUUCCGAUGUGGUCCAGAACGCAGACCUCGGCGAGUGGCAAGAGAUCUUUGUCGUGCUCUGCACAUUCGCCAAACAGGACGAUUUCAGCAACCUGACCGAGCAGCUCGGUCAGCGGCUCGAAUUCCAAUACACUGUCGCACGCAACUCGGACACCACUCAGGCCAAGGAACACCGUAAGAACGCAGUGCUCUGUUACCUCGCUGCAGGCAAGCUCGAGAAGGUUGCUGGCAUGUGGAUCGACGAGAUGAAGGAGGAAGAGCUCUCACUUCGUUCCGACAGCAAGAGCGCCGACGCGUCCCACGAAGGCACGCUCUACUCUGCGCGUGCCGAAGCUCUCCAGACCUUUAUGGAAAAGAUCACCGUCUUCCAGAGCGCAGUUGGCUACGUCGAUAUCGACCUGCAGCAGCCCACGCAGGACUCGAUCGUUGCAGAGACAGGAGCGCGCUUGUACAAGCUGGCUCCGCUCUACGACCGCAUCCACGAGUACGUUGAGCUGCUCGCCGAUCAGGGUCUCAUCUCUCCUGCUCUUAGGUUCGCAAACCAAACGCCUGCUGACUAUCGACCUAGCGGUCCCGUCGACCAGAGCGCUCCGGGUUCGCUCACUGCCACCGCGCUCAAGCAGCGCCUGCUCAAGGCAGAGAUCGCACGUCCCAAGGGCGAGACGGUUACUGCUGCUUCGUCAUCGGCCAACAACGGCGUUGCAGCUGCUGCUGUGCCCACGUCUGCGUAUGCCGGUGCGCCCGCUUCGAAUGGAUACAGUCCCUACGAGUACGGUGCCCCAACCACAUCAAGCGUCCCGUCCAUUCCCACCGUCCCAUCGGUGCCUGCUGUGCCUACAUACCAGGACCCCUACGCAGCAGCUGCCCCUGCUGCCGCUUCUGCUCCUCAGCCUGCCACUCAGUCGCGAUAUGCGCCGACGGUACCCGCUGUCAUGCCUGCGGCUACGCAGCCUGAACCAGUGCAGAACAGCACCUACGGUGGCUAUGGCGCUCAGGGUUACCAGUCUGCCUACCAGCCAGCGCAGCCCAUGUUUCCAGCUCCACCGACCUUUGGUGGCGCUUCGUACCAGCAACAGCAGCAGCAGCAGCAGCAGCAGCUUCCUCCCCCUCCGCCUCUCAAGCGCGAUCAGUCGGGGUGGAAUGAUGUUCCCGAAGGCCUCGCUGCGCCCAAGCGCACCCCUAGCGCCAUGUCGCAGCACAAAUCGGCCUCGGCCAUCACGUCGCCCUUCCCCAACGCUCCUUCUCAGGCACCCUCACCGUUCGGCGGCGCUCCUGCUGCUCCACCUGCGGGACCACCUCGUGGCGCGACUCCCUCUCGAGGCAUGAUGAGCCCACCGCCUCAAGGUCCUCCUGCGGGUCCUGGUCUUGCACAGCAGCGAAACGGACCGCCGGGGGUCCGACCCCCUCCAAUGGGACCGGCGCAGGGUCAGCCACGACCUGGUCAACAGGGCCCCUACGGCGCACCAGCUCAAGCUCAGCCCCUGCCCGGUCCACCAGGCCAGGCUGCUCCUCCUGCCGGACCCUACGCUCGACCUCCUACAGGCCCCGCUGGUCCGUAUGGCAACGGCGUCCAGCAACAGCAAGGCGCUCCCCCAGGAGUUCCUGGAGCCGGCGCUCUGCGACCUCCAGGUCAGGGCGCACCUGGUGCUCCUGGUCUCGCAGGACCACCCGGUGUUCCUCAGCGAUCCGCGACGCCAGGCGGCGGGGCCGGCGCACCUCCUCGCAGUGCCACUCCGGGAGCUCGGGGCGCUUCGCAGAUGAAGUAUCCUCCGGGCGACCGCUCCCACGUCCCUGAAAACCAGCGGCCAAUCCAGCACGCUUUGCAGCGCGAAGUCGCACGCCUCAAGUCGACCGCACCACCUGCACAAAAGAGGAUGGUGGAUGACACGGAGCGCCGCAUCAACCUGCUGCUCGAUCAUCUCAACUGUGGUACCAUUGACGCCAAGACCGUUUCGGGUCUCUUGCAGAUUGUGGCCGCCAUCGAGGCGAGAAACAAACAAGCUGCGCUCAACAUCCACCUCCAGCUCGUCACCAGCAGCUCGGGCGAUGUGGCUGCCGGUCUUGUUGGUGUCAAGAUGAUCAUCUCGCGUCUGUGA